AUGCCAUCACCGGACAAGGACACAAUAGAUUCAGGAUUUGUUUCAUUAUUACGAAAGACUCUUCUCAAACAAACGAUUGUAGAGCCAGAAAUCUUGCUAGACAUAGACUAUUUCAAUAGUAUUCUUGUAAUCGACGAUCAACCCAUACAGCUUCCUUCCGGCUUCUAUGUAACGUCCACCUUCUUCGGUCACGUUAUCUCAGGAUCUCACUCUACUCAUCAUGAGCAAUUCAGUGGCUGGAGAAAUCAUUCACUUACUGUGGACGUCGAAGACUUUUACCGACACUAUGAGAUGUUCCAAUUUAAUGAGAACGAGUUUGUAAAUGCUCCUACACAGCAACAAGAGGCCGAAUAA